AUGUCAAGUUUCGGAUCCCUAUUUGGAGGUUCAAAUAAUUCUACCACUCCACUUUCAACAUCUACCUCUUCCAUGAGCUCCCCCCAAUCCACACAGUUGAAGAAUCAAAUUCAGCAGCAGAUCUCCCAAGAGCUAGCCAUGGCCCAGGCCACUGAACUGGUUAACAAGCUUACUGAAAACUGUUUCCAACAGUGCAUUACCAAGCCCACCAACAGUUAUUCUUCUUCAGAAGAAACAUGUGUGAAUCAGUGCAUUGGAAAGUACAUGUCUGCUUGGAACGUCAUCUCUCGUCACUACAUUGCUAGAAUCCAAAAGGCUUCCGCUUCUGGAGAACUCCAUUAA